UUUUUAAAUUUCAACUUAAUUUUGGUUGAUUUGUAUUUGGUCUUGUGGUAUUGCUGCUAGAUUUUCACCAUCUGUUGAUUAACUGGUGGUUUGGUUUUCAAAGUUGUGGAACUACCCAUCUGGCCAGUUACUAUGAUAUCACAAGCUUUUUUGUUGGUUUCUGUGGACAGAAAGUUUUGAAAUUAGGUUUUAUUCAAAACUUAGAUAUUCAUUAGGAAAACAAAAAAAGAAUAAGUUGGUAGGUUUCUGUGGAAUUUGGGGUACUUAAGAUUCUUUGGAGAAAUUGGUUCUUCUGUGUGUGAGAGAUGGAGAAAAGUGCGAAAGAGGAAUGGAGGGAGGUGGUGAUGAAAAUGCUUCCUCCGGGGGUGGCCCUUCCAGAAGAAGGGGGUAAUCUUGAUUAUUCUAUAGCUCUGGAAUAUGAGGGUCCCCCAGUGAAUUAUGAGCUUCCUAGAGUAGAGCCCCUUGACGUGAAUACGGGUGCAAUUCCCACUGCAUCUAUAGCUGAACCACUUUCGGAAUCAAGAAGAUUGGUAACUCGUGAUGCUCUCCCUGUUAUUGAACCAAUCCCUUUGCCAGUGUCUCGAAUUGCUAGUGUCACAAGUCCGCCUACCCAAAGUCCGAGGGUAUCAGGAAGUUCAGAGUCUGUAGUGUCUGUCUUGCAGAACCUAGAUUUUUCUUCGCCUUCCCCUUCAGCAUCUCCAGGUUCUGUCCGUAAUCGUUCGAAUAAUGGCCCGAAGCAACCAGUAAAUGAAGGAAGGAGAGUCCCGGUGGUUACUUUCAAUACUGUUGAUAGAUCCGAAAGGAAAGAGGUAGAUGUGGAGAAGUCUGUUUAUACAGAAUAUGUUGGUGUUUCCAGGGAAAAGAAGAAGAAGAAGAAGAAAAGCAGAGUUUGUUAUAGGUGUGGAAAAGGGAAGUGGGAAACUAAGGAGUCCUGCAAUGUGUGUGAUGCAAAGUAUUGCAGCAAUUGUGUGCUUAGGGCAAUGGGAUCAAUGCCAGAGGGGCGUAAAUGUGUAACUUGUAUAGGGGAGCCAAUUGAUGAGUCAAAGCGCUUCAAACUGGGUAAAAAUUCAAGGGUGUUAUCACGGUUGCUUAGCCCUUUGGAAGUCAAGCAAAUUAUGAAAGCAGAGAAAGAAUGCUCUGCUAAUCAGCUUCGGCCAGAGCAGCUGAUUGUCAAUGGCUGUCCGCUGAAACCAGAAGAGAUGGGUGAACUUCUUGGGUGCCCAUUACCCCCUCGGAAGUUGAAGCCUGGUAGAUAUUGGUAUGACAAGGAAUCUGGUUUUUGGGGAAAGGAGGGAGAAAAACCAGAUAGAAUUAUUAGUUCAAACUUGAGUUUUACUGGGAAACUGAGUCCUCAUGCAAGCAAUGGGAACACUGAGGUUUACAUCAAUGGCCGGGAAAUUACAAAACUUGAAUUGAGAGUGCUAAAGUUGGCAAAAGUGCAGUGUCCUCGUGACACUCAUUUUUGGGUGUAUGAUGAUGGUCGUUAUGAGGAGGAAGGCCAAAAUAAUAUCAGGGGAAAUAUUUGGGAAAAGGCAUCAACAAGGUUUGUCUGCACCUUGUUCUCCUUGCCUGUGCUCCAAGGUCAGUCUCAUGGGCAAAGGGAUGAAGCUAGCAAUUAUACUACGGUUCCAAAUUAUAUGGAUCAGAAAAAAAAUCAGAAACUUCUUCUACUUGGACUUCACAGCUCUGGAACCAGUACUAUAUUCAAGCAGGCCAAAUUUUUGUAUGGCAACAAGUUUACUGCCAAUGAACGUCAGGAUAUUAAGCUUAUGAUCCAAAGCAACAUGUACAAGUACCUCAGCAUUCUACUUGAUGGGCGGGAGCGUUUUGAGGAAGAGGUCAUGUCAAGGAUUAAAUUACAAGGUUCACAUGAGCAAAUUUCUCAAGCAGGUGAAGAGUUCGACUCAGACAAAAGUAACCAGUGUGUCUAUUCCAUCAACCCAAGGUUGAAAAGUUUUUCUGAUUGGCUGCUAGACAUUAUAGCCACUGGAGAUUUAGAUGCAUUCUUCCCUGCAGCAACGCGUGAGUAUGCUCCACUAGUUGAAGAGGUGUGGAGGGAUCCUGCCAUACAGGAAACAUAUAAGAGAAAAGAUGAGCUUCACUUCCUUCCAGAAGUGGCGGAGUACUUCUUAAGCCGGGCUGUUGAGGUAUCAAGCAAUGAAUAUGAACCUUCGGAUCGAGACAUACUAUAUGCAGAAGGGGUCACCCAAGGCAAUGGUUUGUCUUUCAUGGAGUUCUCCUUGGAUGAUCGUAGCCCAAUGUCUGAAACCUACACCGACAAUCUGGACGCUCUCCCACCCCCACUAACGAGGUACCAGCUCAUUAGAGUCAAUGCCAAGGGGAUGAAUGAUGGGUGCAAGUGGGUGGAAAUGUUUGAAGAUGUUCGUGUAGUAGUAUUCUGCGUUGCCUUGUGUGACUACGAUCAGAUGUGGCUUGCCUCAGAGAAUGGUGGUAGCGGACCAUUGCUUCAGAACAAGAUGAUACAAAGCAAGGACCUCUUUGAGUCACUGGUUAGGCAUCCCUGUUUUAAGGACACCCCUUUUGUUUUGAUUUUAAACAAGUAUGAUCUGUUUGAGGAAAAGGUCAACCGGGUCCCUUUGAGUACUUGUGAGUGGUUUACUGAUUUCAGUCCUGUUCGACCCCACCACCAGCAGUCACUAGCCCACCAAGCUUAUUACUAUGUGGCAAUGAAGUUCAAAGAAUUGUAUGCUUCCCUCACAAGUCAAAAGCUUUUUGUGUGGCAAGCUAGGGCACGGGACAAAGUGACGAUUGAUGAGGCAUUCAAGUAUAUAAGAGAGGUUGUCAAAUGGGAUGAGGAAAAGGAAGAAACUUACUAUGGUGGGGCAGAGGAUUCUUUUUACAGUACAACAGAUGUGAGUUCCUCUCCUUUUAUCAGGCAAGAAUAA